AAAUACACUGCUUUUUCUCCCCUGCAGUGUGUGGCGGGGAAGGCUUCCUCAUCAAGAACAUCCGCCUGGGUCAGUGUCUCCACGCCUCUCCCCUCGAAAUGGAAAAGAUCGGCCUGUCCGAGUGCAAACCGCACGCCCCGCAGUUCCAGUGGGGCUGGGACGUUGCCUCCCGAGCCAUCGUCAGCCUCAAAACCAGCCAGUGUUUGGCCGUUCACAAGCCUCGAGAGUUUGCAGCCGCUCAGCUAGAGCCGUGUGGGGGUCGCGGGCACCAAGCCUGGGUGUGCAGCAAGAAGGGACACCUGACUUUGCAGGGUCUGGGUUUGCACCUCAGCGUGAAGCAAGGAGGGCAGAAGGCCUUCCUCUCCAGGGAGAAGGACAAGUUCAGCCGGUGGAAGACCUGGCUGGAUGAGAUCAUCUGCACCGCGGACUCGGAGGCCACUCGGAGGCUGGGCUACCCGACAGAGCAGACCGUCGUCCCCUGGGAGUGGAUGCCACAGAGUAAAACUAUUCCAGGUAAAACUAUCACUUCUCCAGAGACCCCCACAGCCACAACUUCAGCCACCCAGCCUUGGGAAACGGAGCAUAACAUCACCAGCGCUCUCCCGAGCAAAGAAGAAAUGAACUUGGAACCGGAAGAGGAAAAGCAUCCUCCUGGGAAGCAGGCUGGCAAUCAAAAGAAGCUUGCAGGAGCCCGGUCUCCAGGUACCAACUGGAAGACGGUGAUGCUGGUCUUGAGCCCUCUGGCCUUUAUCCUGGGGAUGAUCAUUCUGGCCCUCAACAUCCACUACAACAAGAAGAAGAAGAGGCUGUCUGGUCUGGAGAGUUACCCAGAGACAAGGCUCGGGGUGAGCUUCGAGGCGCGGCCGCGCAGGAGCCCACCCCUGCACCAGCCGCAAGACACAGACCCCGCAAUCGUCCUCCUUCCCGCCUCAG